AUGGCGGGAUCCCUAUCUACCACCCAAACUACAGAUUCAAUUUGCAACCCAAGUGAACAAUUUCGUUCGGAGUCACCAACAUUGGUGGAGGACUAUAUCGCGCUUGGAUCUAUCCGACUUGUCAGAUACUCUGAACAGGGUCGCAAUGGUGGUUGGCGAAUGGUUGGCCCCGGCGGAGAAGUCACGCACCAGCAUCCUCUGUUGACACUAGGCGAGAAACGUUCAUGGAUCAAGACUUCUUUUCUUCAACAUACCAGAUACCCGGAUUCCGCAUCCUUGAGAGUCUACGCACUACCAGAAGAUGUCAAUCGAAGCACUCGAGGCUCGAUCAAGGAUCUUAGAAAGGUCCUGAAAUUCAUCACUAGCUUCAUCGACAUUUCUCUCGAGGCUUGGGAUGGCAAUUACGACCCGACGUCGCCUUUGCAAACCUAUAGGGAACCAGAUGCCUCUCAGGAAGAAUCGCUCUUUUACAUCUUCAACACUCUGUCCUCUCCUCAGACUUGCCUCGACGAUGCAGGAUCUUGUCUGCACAAUCAGCAUUCAAUGUGUGAUGUCUUCGAGGACAACAUUGGCGGUCUCAAAACUUCAUUGUAUCCCUACCAAAAGCGGUCGGUGGCCACCAUGCUCCGAAGGGAGGUAAAUCCUUCUAAAUCUUUCGACCCACGGAAGCCGAGCUUUCGAGAUCUUAAUGGCACAGAAUUCUAUCUCGAUCUCCAUGAAGGUGUCCUUCUCCGGCACCCUCAUCUCUAUAGUCAAUGUCGCGGUGGCAUUCUCGCGGAAACUAUGGGAUAUGGCAAGACACUUAUAUGCAUUGCUUUGAUCCUGGCAACCAGGGGACAUUAUCCUACUAUUCCAGAGGGUAGAUUGAACGCCACUUCUUGGAAGCUUAAUGAACGGACACCAAGCUUGCUUGACCUGGCCGCAAAGACGAUCAAACAAACCGGCGUGCCCUGGAAAGCCCAUUUUUCGAAUCUCGGAAAGGAGGGAUACCAUUUUGAUCGGUGCACUGAAGCUCUGGCCAAGUACAAUGGCGAGUAUGCCGAGCCCAUCUUCCAUCCGACUACGCCGAACCGAAGAGGCAAGCAAAGAGAAGAUACUCGAGUGCUGCGCCCUGCAUGUUCGACGUUAGUGAUUGUUCCGCCCAAUCUUCUCGUUCAAUGGCAACAUGAGAUAAAAAAGCACACUCAAGCAAAUGCGCUUGAUUUGUUGGUCUUGGACUCUACAACGAAAGAAAUACCACAUUGGAAGGAGUUGAUGAAAUAUGACAUUGUUCUGAUCACUAAAGUACGUUUUGAGCAAGAAUACAGGGAUGAUGAUCUCAACCAAGGCAGGCGCUUCAAAGGCCAGGAGAAAUUUCGGUCUCAGCUGACCGAAGUGCGAUGGCUGCGGGUAAUCUGCGACGAGGGACAUAGCUUCGCAGGCUCCAGCUAUCGAACACAUGCAAUGACGAUGCUGGACAAAAUGUCCAUUGAACGCCGUUGGAUAGUCUCCGGCACACCGUCUCACUCGCUUCACGGGGUUGAGGUCAAUCUUGCGCUCAACGAAACCAACAGCGACACGGAGACUUUCCGCAAACACUCCAUCGAAAUGGCACUAGAACGAAGAAAAGCUAGGGAUUCUGAGACGGAAGAGCUCAAAGAUAUGGAACGGUUACGCGCCAUCGUUGUCAAAUUUCUCAAGGUGCAACCCUGGGCAAACCAGAAAGGCGCCGACCAUGCCGACUGGAAAAGGUAUCUCUCAACUUUCGAUACCUCUGGCAAGCGUCGUUCCGCGCCAGCACUGCGAGUGAUUCUGCAGUCGCUAAUCAUCCGCCAUCGGAUUGAGGACAUUGAUGUCGAUCUCGUCCUUCCUCCUUUGCACAACACGACAGUCUAUCUUGAGCCGAGCUACUACGACAAGCUCAGUAUGAACCUUUUCAGACUGGUCUUGACUUCCAAUGCUGUGACUUCGGAGAGGGCAGACGAGGAUUAUAUGUUUCAUCCAAAUAACCGCAAAUCCCUCGAUGAGCUGAUUAGCAAUCUUCGCCGAUCCAGCUUCCACUGGGUCGGAUUUACUGAGAACGAGGUAACUGAGACCUUGAAAGUCUGUGACAAAUACUUGGAUGAGCACCUUGACCUAAUCUCUGACGAAGACGGUGCACUUCUAACCGAGGCAAAAAUGAACGGCGAACGAGCCUUGGGUGACUCAGGUUGGUGCGCUUUCUCUUUCUACCAUGAGAUAGGCGUUUAUAUUGAAGACUUCCCCGAAGAGGCUGCAGCAGCCUGGGCGUUAAAUGGGGAGAAUUCCGACCCCCUCCUCCUCGGAACCGUCGAAGCUCGAGAAGCACAGCAGCAUGUUCUGCACAAUAGAGAUCCUGGUGACCCCGGAAUGGGACUUGUUGGGGCGGGACUUCGAGCGAUGUCUGCAGCACGAAAACGAGCCAUGGAAGAACAAGAUGCCAGAGCCAAGGUCCACUCAAGUGCAAACGGAAAGAAGCCUCUCACAGCAGGCACAACAGAAGAACCCAAGGUCAAAAAUCAAUCCGCUACCUCGUCUCCUGUCCGCUCUUCGAUAAGAGAUGGUGCCCCGGGGCUUCCCCUUUCACCACCAAAGCGACUUUUCCCGACCAACAGUCGCGUCCUUCCAGCGUCAUUGGCCAAAUCGCGAAUCGUCGGGUUUACUUCCGCAAAGCUCAACUACCUUUGCACACGUAUCCUGUCACUACAGCCAAUUGAGAAGAUCGUUAUCUUCUACGACUCGAACAACAUAGCCUUCUGGAUCGCCGAAGCUCUUGAACUGCUGUCCGUCAAAUUCCUGAUAUAUGCAAACACACUCUCGGUGACACGCCGAGCAGUAUAUCUCGCUACUUUCAACCAGUCGGAAGUGUUCCGGGUUCUCCUCAUGGAUCUCAAACAGGCCUCUCAUGGUCUGCAUGUUGCGGCCGCCAGCCGCAUUUUUAUUGUGUCUCCCAUCUGGCAGCCCGAUGUUGAAUCGCAAGCUAUCAAGCGUGCGCAUCGAAUCGGGCAGACACGUCCGGUUUAUGUUGAGACAUUGGUUUUGAAAGGCACUCUGGAGGAGAAAAUUCUCAAGCGACGUCGACAAAUGAGUAACUCCGAGCUCGUCAAGGCGGAGAAAAGCCUCCUGGAUGAUGGAAUGAUGAACGGGAUCAUUCGAGGAGAAGGCUUUUUGCGUGUUGAAAACGGCGAGAAAGAGCAGAUGAGAGGGGGCAAGCUAGACAAGCCUGUCCCACUGUUUGCGAGAGGCGACGGCUCUUUCAGCAGCGAGGAUAGGGGGGACAGUGACUUGAUCCUAAGCUUGCAGGACGAGCCCUCUGCGAAGAGGAGAGAAUUGCAUAAAAAUAAGGAAAAGGCCAAGAGGAAAGGUAAGGCGGUGACUUUCGGAACGAACGAGGUGUUCCACUCGUCGCCGGGAACUGCGCCUGAUAUCUCCCCGCCGGCCACAGAAGCCCAUACCUCGAUAUUUGGCACAGGGCUGCAGCAGCCAAAAGCAAAGACAAAGAAGAGCGUGUGA